AUGCAAACUAUGGUCGAGUUCAAGGGAUACGCACUUACCAACACCAAUCGCGCGGAGUGGACCUCUCUCGAAGUAGUCCCAUUCAUACCAAAGAAGUUCGAGGAUGACGACGUCGAGCUCGCUAUCACCCACUGUGGUCUCUGCGGGUCGGACAUACACAUUGUCCGACAAGGAUGGGGCAGCCCGCCGUAUACACCGAUAAUCGUCGGGCACGAGAUCGUCGGGAUCGUGACGAAAGUUGGGCCGAAGGUGACGGAGUUCAAGCCUGGAGACCGGGCCGGCGUCGGCGGGAGGUAUUGCCCCGGCGCGACGACUACCGUUCUCGACCGUCAUCCGGACGGUUCGCCAUCGCAGGGAGGCUUUGCAACCGCUAUCCGGGCAAACGAACGCUUCGUUUUCGCGAUCCCUGAGGCGAUCGAGUCGAAGGAUGCGGCAUCCAUGUUGUGCGCAGGGCUGACAGUGUUCUCGCCGAUGCGGAGGAACAACGUUGGCCCAGGCACGAAGGUGGGUGUGGUUGGGAUAGGUGACCUUGGGCACUACGCGAUUUUGUUUGCGAAGGCGCUUGGUGCGGAGGUCUAUGCUUUCACGCAUAGCCCGAGCAAGCGUGACGACGCGAAGAAACUGGGUGCGGAUCAUAUCAUUGACAUAGGUAAUGAGACACCACGACUGAAGGACUUCCACAAGCCAUACACUGACACCCUGGACUUUAUCAUCGCGACCACGAGCAUUUACAGUCCAAACAGCUCGUUCUCGACGUACACAAGCAUGCUGACCGUCAACGGGAAGUUCAUCACCGUCAGUCUUCCUGACGCCGACAAGCCGAUGCCGCCCUUGCAUGCCGCCGACCUGGUCUUUAGCGGAGCAUACAUCGGAGGGUCGUUCGUCGGGAGUAAAAUCGAUUGCUACGCGAUGCUGAAGAUUGCGACUGAGAAGGGGAUAAAGCCUUGGGUGGAAGAGCUGCCGAUGCGCGAGUUGGCCACUGCACUUGAGAAAGCGCACAACGGAGACGCGAGGUACCGGUACGUGCUCACGCAGGAUGUCGUGUAG